CCACGAGAUCCUGCACAAGCCCUCAUCUUGCCUCCCAACGCUGUGCCCUAGCUCCUGCCCCAACUCGCCGCAUCUUCUUCCUCCCAACGUGACCCCAAAUUGCCUCUUCCUUUUUCUCCUGGCGUUGUGCCCCUACAGGCGCCUCUUCCUCCCUACCUGUGCCCUAGCUCCUGCCCCAACUCGCCGCAUCUUCUUCCUCCCGACGCUGCCCCAAAUCGCCAUCCUCCAUUUUCUCCUGGCGCUGUGCCCCUACAGGCGCCUCUUCCUCCCGACCUGUGCCCUAGCUCCUGCCCCAACUCGCCGCAUCUUCUUCCUCCCGACGCUGCUCCAAAUCGCCUCUUCCUUUUUCUUCCGACGCUGCCCAGACUCGCCGAAGAGACCCCUCUCGCCGAGUCCUACAGAAGCCCUCUUCUUAUGAUCAAACCUACCUCUAAAUCAUCGCAUUGGCAACUUCUGUCGACUACACAACCUCUGAAAUUGUUACUACCACUUGCUGAUCCUGCGCAGGCUCUUAAUGUUCCUGUUGUCCCUUUAGGAGCUUUACAAUCAGCUGCCUAUCCUUUAUCAUCUAGGCCUCCAUAUGUUCUGUCAUGGCUUAAUGAUCAAAUAUCAGCACAGGAUAUGAUUUCAGCCUGAGUUAUUUACAAAGCUUAUCUUGAAUAAUUUUUGGUGUCCAGAAAUGGAAGGAAAUCGAGUUGAUGAUCAGGAAUAUAUUCCCCAAGUUUCAGAUGAUCGAAAGCCAAAAAUUGGAAUGGAAUUCUCAUCACUAGAUGAUGCAUAUUCAUUCUAUAAUCAAUAUGCACGAGAAGCUGGGUUUAGUUCAAGGAUGCACACGAGCAAGAAAAAUAAGAUCACAAAUGAAGUAACGUGGAAACAAAUUGUAUGCUUUAAAGAAGGACAUACAGAUCUAAUGCGGUGGAAUAAACAUACAAAAGUUGAUCAACCGACAAAAGAAAGAGCACGUGGCACAGUUAGAACGGGUUGUAAAUCAAAUAUUACAUUUGUGAAGAAACAAACUGGGCCUAAUUGGGUUGUUGGUAACUUUAUAGAAACCCAUAAUCAUCCACUUUCUACUCCAUCCAAGGUGCAUUUGCUACGCUCACAUCGUAAUGUUUCAGCAGCAAAGAAAACAUUGACGAAACAAUUUUCAGAGGCCAAUGUACCUACUUGUCAACAAAUGCGAAUAUUGGAGAUAGAGUAUGGAGGACCUGAGAGAGUAGGUUGUACAGAAAAAGAUAUUAGAAAUUUUGAGAAAAAUCUAAGAGAUGAGCAAAAGGGUAUUGAUGCUGAAACACUAAUCGAAUUUUUUACAUCCGAGCAAGAGAAGAAUUCUGCUUUUUUCUUUGACUAUGAGACUGAUUCAGAUAAUAGAUUUAGAAGAUGUUUUUGGGCUGAUCAUAUAUCCAGGCGGGCAUAUAGUGUAUUUGGCGAUGUAGUUGUAUUUGAUACAACAUAUAACACCAACAAAUAUGGCUUGAUUUUGGCACCUUUUGUAGGAGUUAAUCAUCAUCAUCAGACAAUUAUAUUUGGUUGCGGAUUUCUAAGUGAUGAGAAAACUGAAUCUUUUGUUUGGUUGCUUAAAAAGUUCAUAGAAGCCAUGCCUAAAGGUCCACCAAGUGUUAUCAUCACUGAUCAGGAUCCUGCUAUGACAAAGGCAAUUGCACAAGUGUUCCCUCAAACAGUGCAUCGAUAUUGUUUAUGGCACAUACUGAACAAAUUUCCAGAAAAAUUAAACCCUUUGACUUUUCAAAACCAUUAUCAAAGCUUAAAGAAUGUCAUUGCAAAUUCUACAACACCUGAUGAUUUUGAAAAGUCAUGGGAAGAAGCUAUCAAGUCUGCUAACUUAGAGAAUAAUGAUUGGUUAUCGUUGAUGUAUAAAUUACGACACAAAUGGGUGCCAGUAUAUUUUAGACAUUUAUUUUGUGCUGGAAUGUCAAGUAGUCAAAGAUCUGAAGGCUCACAUGCAUUUUUCAAGAGAUAUGUCUCAAAUAAGAACUCACUGAUGGAUUUUAUCACCCGUUUUAAUAGAGCACUGAGACAUCAAAGACAUAAUGAGUUAGUUGCUGACCAUAUUGACAUGAAUGAGCAUCCGAAAAUUAAGACAAAUUGGCCAAUGGAAAUUUAAAUGGUUAAGUUGUACACAAAAAAGAAAUGGCUGGAGUUUCAAAGUGAAAUGAGCGAGAGUCAUGGUUAUUAUGUGCAGCAAGUAUUUACAGAAGUUGACUCAGUGGUUUACCAUGUGAUGAAAUUUCAAAGUUCUUCUUCCUCGAAACCAAGGGUACUUAUGCAUGACAAGCAAAGAGAUUACAUAUCAUGUAGUUGCACAAAAUUUGAUUUUGAGGGCAUUCCAUGCAGACAUAUGCUAGCUUUUUUCCGUAUCAACCAAGUGUUUCAUUUGCCUGAUACAUAUAUACUCAAACGAUGGACACGAGAUGUAAAAAUUGGAGCAAUAUAUGCUUUGGGGGAGCAAAAUUACAUUAAUGAUCCAGAUCCAGAAAGGUGUUUGAUGUCUAGACACUCAAGGUUAUCUUAUAAAGCUUCAAUAUUAAUUGAUGAUGCAUCUUUGACUAAUGAGGGGACAACCUUUUUGGAUGAACAAUUUGAUUCUAUCUACAAUAAAAUUCAAGAGAUGAAUAUUAGUAGAACAUGCAAUGAUAGAAGUCAAAAGAAGAAAUCUGUGGAUGAGGGCCUUGGUAUUAUUGAUCCUUCUUCAGUCAGAACAAAGGGAUGUGGGAAGAGAUUGAAAUCAUCAAAGGAGAAAUCAACCUCAAAUUCCAGGCUAUGUCGUGGAUGCGGACAUCGAGGAGUGUCACAUGACAAGCGCAAUUGUCUAACUUUGCAACAAGGGGGAUCGACUGAAGAUACUAAUCAUAACAUUGUUGACGACAUGUAUGAACCAGAUUUGACUUCUAUAGCAGGUUCUAACAACAUGCAUUGGUGACCACUGGUGGCGGGCCUCUUGAGGAGGAUCAGAUUCAUUGCAUUAUGGCUGCAUUUGAAGCAAAGAAAUCACAGCCGACUUUGACAAUACUGGGCCUCUGAGUUCGUGGUCAGCUUUUUUUUCCCUUUCUGAAUGAGUUGGUAGGCAGUGAUGUUAUCUGAAACUGAUGACAUUUUCUGGAUCCUGAUUUCAUUGUCUGAAACUAUUUGUAACUUUUUUCCCUUUCUGAAUGAGUUGGUAGGCAGUGAUGUUAUCUGAAACUAAUGACAUUUCCUGGAUCCUGAUUUCACUGUCUGAAACUAUUUGUAGCUUUUUACCCUUUCUGAAUGAGUUGGUAGGCAGUGAAGUUAUCUGAAACUAUUUGAAUAUAUUGGAUCCUGAUUUCAUUGUCUAAAACUAUUUGUAGCUUUUUUCCCUUUCUGAAUGAGUUGGUAGGCACUGCCUUUCAUAGAGUGUGUUCCUCGCUGCUUCUUUUUCAGAGCCGGCGUUGGAUUUUUCCUAUCUGAGUCAAACUUCCAGGAAGACCAUUUGCCCCUGUAUA